AUAGGGACGGGCAGCGGCGCCCGCAGCCGCGCCGCACGGAGCCUACCCAAGCCACGCCGAGCGGCGCCCGACGAGGCGGCCGGACCCGGAGCACCCAUGCUGCUGACGCUGGCCUGGGGCUCGCUGUUCUUCCCGGGGCUCUUCUCGCUCAGCACCUGGGCGCUGCGCCGCUGGCGGCCGGCAUGGAGCUACAACGACUGCGUGAUGGUCGGCACCAGGGUGGUUUCUUCAGUGCAGGCUGUGCUGGCCACCGGGGCAGGGAUCAUCAUCAUCCGUUCCUGCAGCAACGUGGUCUCAGACAGCACCCCUAGCCUAGGAAAAAGGAAAGUGAAGAAACGCUGGAGAGAGCAAGAGUCUGAGACUGAUUUAAGGCACUGGCUUGCCCGAGAAUAUGUCUGGUUUUUGAUUCCGUACAUGGUCUAUGACUGCUAUGCUAUGUACCUCUGUGAUUGGUGCCGAAUCAAAGAGCAGAAUCCUGGACACUCCUUCGUUUUUCGAAAUUUCCUGAGUCAAAACCGCCUUAUGAUCACACACCAUAUGGUUAUUCUCUUUGUCCUUGUACCGGUUGCACAGAGUUUCCGGGGAGACCUUGGAGACUUCUUUGUUGGCUGCAUCUUCACAGCAGAACUGAGCACUCCAUUUGUGUCACUGGGCAGAGUUCUGAUUCAGCGAAAACAGCAGCACACCCUUUUGUAUAAGGUGAACGGAAUCGUCACGCUGACCAGCUUUUUUUGCUGUCGGAUCCUUCUUUUCCCCUUCAUGUACUGGUCCUAUGGCCAACAUCAGGGACUAAGCCUGCUCCAAGUACCAUAUAAUAUCCCUUUCUUCUGCAAUGUGGCCAAUGCCUUCCUCAUCUCUCCCCAGAUCUACUGGUUCUCUUUGCUGUGCAAGAAGGCACUCCGACUCUUUGACACUCCCCAAGACAAAAAGGAUGGUUAAAGAGCCCCCAGAAGUUGGCCAAUGAGGGUGUCUCUUCACAUUAGCUGCCGCCUCCACUCAGUAUUCCAUGGACCAAACUGUGCCCUAGGUGGCCUCAGCCUUUUGGGUAUUGAUAAGUGAUGGCUUUGAGUUUUUCUUUAAAAAUAUUCCUAUUACCUCCCUCUUCUAACCUGCCCUUUUGCAAAAGCACUUUUUAUGGUUAUCAGCUAUUAGGUGCUGUCAGCUCUCUGUUAGCAGCAAAGUUGUUUUAAUGUAAGCCCAGGGAUCCUUCCUUGGGUCUUAAGAGCUCUGGGAGGUUGAAGCAUGGGACACAGAGGUUGGUGGACCACAGUGCUAAGUGUCUGGGCACUCACCUAUAUUGGUGGCUACCUACCUGUCCAACUACUCAGGGCAGUACCUACAGUACUAGGCCAGCAGAAGCAAAUGAUGAUGACUUGGUUCUUACAAUGUCUUCUUGCAUUGUUGGCCUGGGAAGAUCACUGUGGGUAUGUAGUUUUUAUUGUUUACUAGAUAGUCCAUUAACAGUUCUUUGCCUCAUUCUGUCAUUCAUGUGUCAACAUUGAAUUCCCAUGUUUCAAAAGUCUCAAUGGCAACGGGUAGUGGGAAGGGCUGGCAACAUGAAGCAUUUGAAUAGGUAGGGAGGCCAACAGAAGUCAGCACAAUGUUGGCAGGCUGACUUAGUAAAAGACCAGAAUCAAAGUUAUGAGCCUGCUGCAAGCAGUCAGAAAUAUUAUUCCCAUUUUAAUGACCCUUCAUGCCUAGUUUUUCCUAUGUCCACAUGCAUAGGAGAUACGGGGCAAGCCAGGUGUGGUGCCAUAUGCCUGUCAUCCUAGCACUCAGAGGCUGAGGCAGGAAGGCCACUGAGUUCAAGGCCAGCCUGACGUACACGGUGAAAUCCUGUCUCAAAAAGCAAAAAAACCCCACAACAAUAGGGGCAAAGUGAAAUGAUAGUUUUAAUAGCUAUUUACUGGGUGACUACUCUGACAAUGUGCUUUUCACAUGAAGUAAAAAUGGAAUUCUAUACUACAAGUGUGAGACAUCUCACCUAGACCAGAGUCCUUUUCCUAGAGCCUCCUGAUAAGCCAGAACCCAUUACUAUGUUGAGUACACUGCCAUUUUCCCACAGAAGGCCAGAGAGCAAGAGAGCAGCCAUUAUGUCCUGUGGACCACCACCUUCACCCCCAUGUGCAAACAGGAUCCUGUGGAUCAGAGCCUUCACCCCCAUUUGCAAAUGGGAUCUUCUGGUGUCAACACUAAUCAUUCCUUGUAACUAGGAUGAGUUUGAGAGACUCUACUGCCAGGACUUCUUUUCAAGUGGUAGUAAAACUAGAAUUUUUAAAGUGCCUUUAAUUCAUUGUCCACAAAUUUUAAAGGACUGAAUGAUUAUGUAACAGUGUCUCAAGUUUUGACUGUUUGAAUCUUAAUAGGUGCCAUUUAAAAAAACAUAAAACGGUAUGGUUUUGUGUUUUACAGUUUUGUUUACUAUCACAGGUCAUCCAUGUGGUGAUUAAAUUGCACUAAUUUCCCAACUUAUCUGUGAAAUGUAUCAGUAAUGACUUCCUGUAAUAACCAUCCUGUGACCUAAGUGGACUGGCUGUCAUGUGCUGUAGUUCCUGCUGAUAUAACUGGGAAAGGGUGUGUUAAUGGUUUCAGCUUCCAGGGAGGCCUUGGUCAUACCUUACUGAUAUGCUGGUUCAAGGUCCCACAAAUACACUGAAGGUGCCCAGGAUCAAGCCCAAUGGCAUGUAACUAGGCCUUGCCUUGUCUUCACAAGUGAAACUCAGGGAGGAACCAGAAGAUGGAAGCCCCAAGCAGUUUGCUUAAAGGAGGGAACUUGAGCAGUGCCCCACUUUGAAUGAGGGUGUGGAUAUGCAAACGAUGGGGACAUCUUUUCUCUCCUUUGUCUCCAAAAUACCAUCUCCAACCAGUUAUAAUUUUAUAGUAAUACCCUAGAAACUUUAAAUCCCUGCCCCACCCCCCCACACUUAAAUUCUUUUUUUUUAUCACUCUGAACGCACCAUUCCCUAAUCCUACUCAUUCAUCAAAACCAUGACAAACCAGCCCUCGGCAGAAGGUAACCAUACCCAUCCUCUAUGCACAUCUCAGGUGUUCAACUGCCCUGGUGGCACAGCCCAGUCUGCAAGAUGGACCAGGUUGGGGCUGGAUGGCAGUCCUCCCUGUGGCAUACACACAUUCUUGAGGUCAUCCAUCAAGAACACUUACCUGUUUCUUGGUGCAGCUGUUUCACUGUAUAAUGGUGCAGGCCUCCUGAACACAAAUCACACAGCCAUUCAGAGAUAGAGCCAGAGCUAGAACAUUCUUUUCCCAGUUCUGGCCUUUCCAAGACACCUCAUGAAAAAGUAUUAAAUGUUGAAAUGACUCUUGAAGAGGGUCUCAAAUUGUUUUUGUACUGGGGAUUGAACUCAGGACCUUGCGCUUACCAGGCAGAUACGGCACACUGAGCUACAUCCCCAGCCUGAAGG